AUGUUGCUGCGCGGCGGCUGGCGCCGCCUGGCGCUGCCCCCGGCGCCGCGCCCCGCGCACCGCCGGGCGGGCAGCGAGGCCGGCGCGGUGGCACCGCGCUACGAAGUGGUGGUGAUCGGUGGGGGCCAUGCGGGGACGGAGGCGGCGGCGGCGGCUGCCCGCGGCGGGGCCCGCACGCUGCUGCUCACGCACAGGAUCGGCACCAUCGGGGAGAUGUCCUGCAACCCCUCCUUCGGCGGCAUCGGGAAGGGGCAUCUCAUGAGAGAGGUGGACGCCCUGGACGGGCUGUGCGGCCGUCUCUGCGACCGCUCCGGCGUGCACUACAAAGUGCUGAACCGCUGCAAGGGCCCGGCGGUGUGGGGCCUCCGCGCCCAGAUCGACCGGCGCCGCUACAAGGAGAACAUGCAGAAAGAAAUCCUUAACACACCACUGUUGACAGUUCAUGAGGCAUCUGUGGAGGAUCUGCUCUUGACAGAGCCAGAACCAAACCAUCCUGGGAAAUGCCAAGUCACAGGAGUCGUUCUGGGGGAUGGGAGCACAGUACAUGCUGGGAGUGUUAUCCUGACCACCGGUACGUUUCUGAGGGGUACGGUCCUCAUCGGACUGGAGAUGCACCCAGCUGGGCGGCUAGGGGACCAGCCAGCCAUCGGGCUGGCUCAGACUCUGGAGAAACUGGGAUUUGCUGUGGGCAGGCUGAAGACUGGGACGCCGCCCCGACUUGCCAAAGAUACGAUUGACUUCAGUGGUCUGGAGGAACGUGCAGCUGACAAUCCUCCAGUGCCAUUCAGCUUUCUCAGCGAGGCUGUGUGGAUCAAGCCAGAAGAUCAGUUGUCAUGUUACCUGACUCACACUACCCUGAAAGUCCAGCAAAUUAUCUGUGAUAACCUCCACCUGAACAACCAUGUAAGGGAGACAACAAGGGGCCCGCGAUACUGUCCCUCUCUUGAAUCAAAGGUUCUGCGCUUCCCAAACCGAGAACAUCAGGUGUGGCUGGAGCCCGAAGGCUUGGAGUCCAAUGUCAUUUACCCCCAAGGCAUGUCGAUGACGCUGCCACCUGAGCUUCAGGAGCAGGUGAUCAAAUCUGUCCCAGGCUUGGAAAAAGCUAAGAUGUUACAGCCAGGCUAUGGAGUGCAAUAUGAUUUUUUAGACCCCCGUCAACUGACUGCUUCUCUUGAGUCUCGUCUUGUUCAGCGCCUCUUCUUUGCAGGCCAGAUAAAUGGCACUACAGGCUAUGAAGAAGCUGCAGCUCAGGGUGUGAUUGCUGGGAUCAAUGCUUGCCUACGGGUUCAUGGCAAGCCCCCUUUCAUUGUCAGUCGCACCGAAGGCUACAUUGGUGUCCUGAUUGAUGACCUUACCACUCUGGGCACCAGCGAGCCAUACCGGAUGUUCACCAGCCGCGUGGAGUUCCGCAUGUCCCUCCGGCCUGACAAUGCCGAUGCCAGGCUCACCCACAGAGGUUUUAAAGAAGCUGGGUGUGUGUCACAGCAGCGGUAUGAACAAGCAGUUAAGACGAGAGCUGCUUUAGAGGAUGGAAUUGCAACACUAAAAUCCCUUCAGUUCAGCAUAUCAAAAUGGUCCCAGUUAAUACCAGAAGUUGCCAUCAGUAGCAGUCGAAGGUCGCCUGUCAGUGCCUUUGACAUCCUUCAAUAUCCGGCAGCCAACAUGGAGGUUCUGGCAAGAGCUGUCCCAGAGCCCCUGGGAAAGCUUGCUCAAUGGAGAGAACUGGCAGAGAGAUUGAAAAUAGAAGCUGCUUACGAGUGGUGUGUAGUCAAUCAACAGCAGGAAAUAGAAGAAGUGCGUCGUGAUGAAGCCCUCCGACUGCCAGAGGACCUAGAUUACUUUGCCAUUGAUGCAUCACUCUCAGCAGAGGUGCGGGAGAAACUGGACUCUAACCGACCCCAGACGAUUGGUGCAGUCAGCCGCAUCCCUGGAAUUACACCAGCUGCUAUCAUUAAUCUGCUAAGAUUUGUGAAAACCAAUCACCAUAAGACAGAGAAGGUAAAAGCGUUGCCUCAGACUGGCAAGUAUUUACCAGAGAAAAUGUACUCAGAGAAAGCAACUUCCCAAAGACAGAUUUCAGCAGAGUUUUCUGAAGAGGAGUCAGAGAGUACCUUUGUUAAAACACAUUUGUAGAGAAGUGUACCCCUCCUACAAGAGAACGUGGCAAGAUCACCUGUGCUCACAGAUAAAACCAAUGUUGGUGGGAUCCAAAGCAGGUCUACUUGUGUCCUGUGGCAGUGUCAUUGAGUAGAACAAAGAUGACAAAUGCUCAGGAGCCUAAAUACAGCCUGUGAUUUUGCCAGUCCAAAUGAAAAGACAGGGGAAUUGCUUUUAAAAUUCCACUCGUGGAAGAUGUCAGGUAGUCAAAAUCUGUUCUAAAGCAUCUUGGAAAGGAUGGUGUUCUGCUCAUCUGAAAUGAGUGAGAAAUGUUAUCAUGCUGAACCCAUGGCAGCACAAGAGGAUUUGAGCUGGAAAGUGUGCUCCAUUGACUUUAGUACUUGUGUUUAUAGCUGUGUGGUGGCUACGCACAGUCUGAUGUUCUAGUGUGAUGUCAGCCAAUAGGAGACACUUGAAGACGUGUGCUACACGAAUAUUUAAACUUACAUAGGAGACCGAUUGGAUGUAAACACUGUAUCGUGGGCUUUUUUUUCUCUUUUAAAAUAAAUAAAGCUUAUUUUGAAACUUG